AUGUACAAAUUGUGUACACCUGAAGGUUUUACAUGGGCUUCUAGUAUUUAUUGUGGUACAGGACCUACUUUAGGAACUCUGGAUAAGCCGGGAACAGUUGUGGUAAAUUUAGCUGAUAGUUUACUUGAUGAAGGCCGUUUGAUAAUAACAGACAAUUUUUAUACGAGUGUUCCACUUGCUGAAUAUCUUUAUGGCCGAAAAACUGAUUUGUGUGGUACUUUAAGAAAAAAUCGAAAAUGGCUUCCAGUAGAUGUAAAAGAAAAAAAAUUGAAAAAAGGACAGUUUAUAGCAAGACAAAAAGAAUUUAUUACAAUUUUAAAAUGGCAUGACAAAAGAGAUGUGUUGAUGUUAUCUACUUGCCAUGGAGAUCAAUUUCAAAAUACAGGAAAAACAGAUAGAAAAGGAAAUACAAUAACAAAACCAAAAAUGAUUUUGGAUUACAAUAAUACAAAACAGGGAAUCGAUGUUUCAGAUCAACUAAGCAGUUAUUAUAAUCCACAACGAAAAUCUCUUGUUUGGUACAAAAAAGUCGCUAUGGAAUUACUAUUUGGGAUAACAGUAGUAAAUAGUAUGAUUAUUUUCAACAAACAAGUAAACAAGAAACUAACUUUACUUUCAUUUACCGAAUCACUGUCUAGAAGUAUUUUGUGUACAGAGGUUACAGACAAAUCAGAAUCUGUGAACAUUCAAAAAAAUAUUUCAAUGCAUUUUCUUGAACAGUUUGAUAGACAAAAUGGAAAAAUACAAAGAAAAAGAUGUCAUGGGUGCUAUUCAAGUCUUCGUGAAGAUGGACAGUUGAGUGCAGAAGAAGCUGGAAAAAAAGCAAAAAAAGUUAACACACAUUGUAAAGUAUGUGGUCAUGCUUAUUGUUUAAUUUGUUACAACAAAAUCCAUUAG